CUUCUCUUGUCUUGCCACCUUUGCAUCCACCACACAGCAUUUACUUACCCAAUCCAGUAUUCAUUCGUGGCUGGUCGUCCUUACUUGUAUACUUUCAACUCCUCAUUCUUCAUCCUUUCAUUACUUUCAAGAAUGUCAGAAGAAGAACCUAAAGAACGACGGCACCCCAUCCUUUAUCAGGGGCGAGCCUGGGGUUCCUUCCAAUACACCCGCAGCGGCCAGCCUUAUACAAUUCGCUUUACUAAAGAUGUUGGCCAGGGCUACUCAGGCACCCUUGGCUACAUCUUUGGUUGCCGUUCAGAUUGUGAUGUUGUUCUUCCUACAAGUGCUACAAGUGACUUGAUCAGCGUACAACAGUUUCUUGUAUACAAAGAGAUUGAUUGUGGUGUUGAAUGUGUCUAUUUGCGUGACUUAAGUGACAAUGGCACGUUUGUGAAUGGCACAAUUAUUGGGCAAGGAAAAAUAAUUCGGCUGCAACAUGGUGAUACCAUCAGCUACUUGCAUUCACGCAAAGAUGAUAAAGAUGUCCUUGGACGUGUUUAUAAAUUUCAAAAUGGUGAUCAAGACGAUGACUUGACAUUCGAUAGCCAAUUUGUCCUUGGAGAUCCACUGGGUCGUGGAGGCUUCGCCAUUGUUUACAAAACAACAGAAAAGAAAACUGAUACAAUAUAUGCGGUCAAGGUCUACAAGAAGAGUACAAACUUUAACCGCAAAAUGAUCCUAAGUCUCCAACGCGAAAUUGGAGCCUUGAUGAGCAUUGAUCACCCAAAUCUCUUAAAAAUAUAUAAGGUUUUCAGUGAAGAGACCAAUCACUACGUGGUGAUCGAAUAUGCUAAAGGUGGAGAACUUUUUGACAUCGUCAAGAAGAAAGGUCAAUUCACAGAGCCAGAGGCGAGGUUAGUCUUUCAACAGAUACUUCAAGGCGUUAAAUAUCUCCAUGACCGAGGGAUUGUCCACAGAGACUUGAAACUAGAAAAUAUUUUGCUCAUGGAUAAGGAAACUCUUACAGUCAAGAUCUCGGAUUUUGGGCUAUCUACUGUCACUGGGGAACAGAGCUUUUUGAGAACCGUGUGCGGGACGCCUAGUUAUGUUGCCCCAGAAGUGCUUCGGAACGAGGCAUAUGGGAAACCGGUCGAUAUGUGGAGUCUUGGUGUUGUCCUCUACAUCCUCUUGUGCGGAUUUCCGCCGUUCAGUGACGAUCUCGCUCCACCAGCAUUAAGAGUUCAAGUCCUGGAGAACCUAUACACUUUCCCCAUGCCUUAUUGGGAUGAGAUAACAGACGAAGCAAUGGAAUUGGUCGAGGCGCUUCUACACGAAGACACGGGAAAGCGACUCACUGUGGAUGCUGCGCUCGCGCAUAUCUGGAUGCAGCUUAAGGACAAUGAAGGGACAAUAUCACAAAAGACUAGCGCCGAUGGCCAACCCAAAGUUCACAAGAUGAUCAGCAGAAUCAGGAGUCAUAAUACGUCGCAGAAGUCACUACAGUCCCAGCCCUCUUCACAAUCAAUGAAAACCGUAUCUAUGGGGUCAUUUGCAGACAGCGUUAAAGGUUCGUGUAGUGCUAGUACACAAGCUUUUGCCAAGUCUGCUUCUCCAGAGAUCCUCUCUCAGCAUGAUGUCAUGGCAUCACCUCCUACUUCGACACCUUCACCUGUAUUGACGCAAGGUGCUGAUAAUGGUCAGUCGGUGACUACUGCGCUAGACAGUAGUAAGAACAUAGGGGGAAACAUGGAGAACAAGAGCGAUGACCACGAUGCAACGAACCAUCCUGAGCUGCCACCCAAACCCGCUUCUACCGCGCGCGAGGUGAUAACCGCCAUUGACUCCGUCCUGGCCGUCUGUGACUCGUUUCUGAACCCUGAUGUAGCUGAUGCGCGCUUCAAAAAGCGACGCUUCACUUGACCCUAAAAAAUACCACCAUGAAUGUUGUUCUCUACUCCUCCCACAUAUUAGAUCAGAAUGACCUAUCACAUAUUAAUAUUGGAUCUGCGCUGCUUGGGUAAAAAAAAAAAAAAUGAAGAUUCGGCU